GCAGGAUCGUUGAGCUUUCGUACCGUCGGCCGAGUCGAGCGUUUUGGGGCUUUCGCAGCGUCCUGCGUUUGACAUGGCGUAGAAGGUCCAUUUCCACGCGUGAUCCUUCGAGGGGGAACACGCGUUCGCUACCGAUCGUCAUACUCCGGAUCAGACACGAGCUAGACACGCGGUUUUUACUAAUCAAACAAACAAACAAUCAAGUCGACUUUGCAUGCCGUCGCUGAAAAUUCGAAAAACGCGUAUGUGAACUUUUCGCAUGAAAAUUCUGAAAUGUUUGCGGAGGAUCAAGACAGUGUUAAGUUGUCACCUGACCACGAGUUCUCAUUCGGCCCUAUAUCGCCUAUAUCGCCGAGAAUAGACAGUGUAGAUAGUGCCAGUGUCAGAAAUGAGCCUACCGAAGACAACAAUCCUAUAAUGACAUUCACCUGGCAUGAGCACGUUUAUAGAAGACUGACAACAAAACCAACACCGCAUUACAUUGAAAAUAUUCUCGGUAUACAUGGUGACAAGGCUCUAGAUACUAAUUCUGAUGUCGAAAUGAACAAUUUGUGCCUAUCCGCAGUUUCAGAAGACAAUUUUGCGAAAGUACAAUCAAAUGUUACAGACACUAAUGAACCUCUUAACUUAUCCAUCAGAAGUAGCGCCAAAGUGAAGACGAAAGUUUCCAAAGAAACGAAUAAAAAGAGGAAAAAGGGAAGAGAAAGGGAACCACUGGACUUGAAGUUGCCUGGUCAUACGAAAAACCACGUGGAAUCAUUACGAGAAGAUAGAGAAACCAAGAGCAAGAAGAAGAAGGCUAGGACAACAUUCACUGGUAGACAAAUUUUUGAAUUAGAGAAACAAUUCGAGCUUAAAAAGUACCUGAGCAGUAGUGAGAGAUCAGAAAUGGCCAAACUACUGAAUGUGACGGAAACGCAGGUGAAGAUUUGGUUCCAAAACAGGCGGACAAAAUGGAAAAAGAUAGACAACAUUUCAAACGCCGAGGCAGCAGGUCAUAAAAACCACGCGAUCACGAAAGACGGCUCGAAAAAUACCGACGAAAAAAUUAGGAUAUUUUCGAAAACGAUCAGUCAAAGUUCGAAUUCCAGCUUGGAGAGCGAUUCGAAAAGUUCGGCCACUUCUGCAGUCACUGAUUCGUCCUUACCUCACAAAACCUUUAAGGACAUCUUAAAAACCAACGGUCUCGAUGACACGAUUUUCGAGGAUAAAAUGGACACCACCAAAGAUAUACUGUUAAAUCUGACUUUCAAAACUGAAAAAAACUCGUAAAAUAUGUGUAGGUGUGAAUGUAUAUUUCUAUAUGUUUUCUACCAAGUGUUUAUGACUGAUAUCUAGAUCGAACCUGAAAGAAUUUAAUAUUAUGUUUUGUACACAAAAAUGCAAGUUUAAGUUUUACUUAAAUCUACCAAAAUUAAUGUUAUCCAAGUAAUAUUACUCCUAUUCAUUCUGUACGAAAAUAUUCAAUAAUAAUUUGGUACCGACCCCUAUAUAUGGAAGAUAUCUGAAUGAUAAAUUGCCAGUAUAUCUAUCACCAUUCAUCCAUAGAUGGCAGCAUCUACCCAAUAGUUGGCAGCCACUAUCCAACAGAUGGCAGUACAUACCGGAAUAUAAAGAUGCACUUCUUUUUCAAACUUGAAUAUAUAAUUUUGAAAACAUAAUUGUAUAUUCCCCAAAUUUUAUGAACUCUUUUUACAGUUUGUUUCCAUUGAGCAUUUUUCAAGAAUCCGUUCUCUUUCAAACCAGUCUAAAAACCCACAACUGUCCACUUGCCGAUUAAAAAUUUGAAUUCUGUAUAACUGAUAUAGAAAAAGAAUAGAAGUAGUGUUACUAUUUGUAAUAGAUGUUCCAUUAAAACUUUUAUUUUGAAAUCAAGAUGAAGAUCAUUUCUAAGCCUGUGAAAAGUUGAGGAGCAAUAUUCUAUUUGAGUUCUGAAUUUAUUUUUAUAAUGUUAUUCUCGUACUUAAUUUUAUAGUUUGUUAUUUUUUUAUUUCCUUGUAGUAUUUUAUCUUCAAAUACUUAAGAACAAAAACUAAGACUUAAUGAUGCCAGACUAGUUUUUCUGUGUACAAUAGAAUGGAGGAGGAAUUUUCAGCUUACAAGUGUUAGCUGAACUUCUUCAGCCAUUUAUAUUGUUGAACAAAUAAAAUUGUUUUCUUUUA